AUGGUUGGAUUGGUUGAGACUAAGAAGCAGGUAGUGACGAGGUUUGAUGUUACAAAAAUAUGGGGGCAAGAUGGGUUUGGCUGGGAAUAUGUAGGCUCUGAGGGUGCCUCCGGUGGUCUACUGCUCAUAUGGAAUGAUUUGAUAUUUAAAAUGAAUAAUUGCUAUAAGGGGAAAAGAGUUGAUAAGAAUCAUGUUUGGGAGGAGCUGAGCUAUGUAGCAGGGUUAUGUCAAGUUCUGUGCUACUUUCUGGGGGACUUUAAUGAAAUAGUACGGGAGGAGGAACGGAAGGGUGCUAGUGGUUUAACUCGAUCUGCGAAAGAAUUCAAGAAUUGGAUACAAGAUAUGAGCUUAGUGGAUCUGCCACUCUCUGAUCGCAAGUUUACAUGGUUCUGGGGACGUUCUUGCAGUCGUAUAGAUAGAGCUCUGAUUAGCUUAGAGUGGUUAGAAGAGUUUCCUGAUACUCGACUUCAAGGUGGGCCGAGGGGCUUAUCAGAUCACUGUCCUAUCAUAGUUGAGGACAGGAAGUUGACGGAUGGUCUAAGGCCGUUCAGGAGCAUAGACUCGUGGUUCACACAUGAGAGUUUUCUCAAAAUAGUAAAGGAGGAAUGGAGAAGUCUAGGGGACAAACAGUUCACAGAUAAAUUGAAGGCUUUGACAGCUCUGUUGGGGAGAUGGCAUAAGGACAAUUUUGGAGAGAUGGACAAGAAAAUUACAAAGUUUGAGGAAGAAAUCAAGAGAAUUGAUGAUUUGGUAAGCAAUGGAGUGUAUGAUGGUACGAUGGAGGCUAGAAGAAAGGCGCUAGUUACUUGCUGUGAGAGAUAG